UUCGUAUAGGGUCGGAAUAUCACUUUUGGGAAAGUGUCUACACACACCUAGAAGAUUCGUUAUUCAUAGUAAUCAUCUUCAUCACCCUUUUUCUAGUUCUAACAAUCCAAAAGUGAUAUUGCUUGAAGAUGGCUACGGUACGUGAAAUGACUUCGAAUUUUCAGAAACAUGACAAGUUUGAGGGUGUGGGAUUCCGUAGAUGGCAAAAGAAGAUGCAUUUUCUUCUCACUUAUCUUUCGGUGGCAUAUGUUUUGAGUACUCCAAAACCCGAGUUUGUGGAAGAUGAAACUUUGGAGGCCUCAAGGAGAAGGAACAAAUGGGAGAACGAUGAUUAUAUAUAUCGUGGUCAUAUUUUAAACGGUAUGUCUGACACUUUAUUUGAUGUUUAUCAAUUUUAUGAAUCCGCUAAAAUGCUAUGGGAUGACCUUGAGUCAAAAUACAUGGCCGAAGAUGCAUCUAGUAAGAAGUUUUAUGUUAGUAACUUUAAUAACUUUAAGAUGAAUGAAACAAGGCCUGUGAUGGAACAAUUCCAUGAAAUUCAAAGGAUUUUAGGAAGUUUUAAACAACACAAUAUUAGUAUGGAUGAAACUUUUAUUGUUUCUUCGAUAAUUGACAAAUUACCACCAAGUUGGAAGGAUGUUAGAAAUACUCUUAAACAUAGGAAAGAUGAUAUAAAUGUGGAACAAUUGGGUGCUCAUCUUCGGAUUGAAGAGGGCAUUCGGGUUCAAGAUGGACAAAAGGAGGUAAAUCCUAAUUCUUCUACCAUUAACAUGGUGGAGGAUGGAAAGUUCAAUGACUCAAAUCCUAAGAAGAGGGCUAAUAAUUUCACCAAAGGCAACAACUUUAAGAAGCCUAAGAAUGGUGGAGUGUUCAACAACGUGGUUGUUGGGAGUGUGGCAAGCCCGGACACUUCAAAAGGAUUGCUUCCUUUGGAAGAGAAAGAUGAACAAAAAGAAUGAGCAAGGUGGAGGGAAAGGCGAGUCUAGCCAAUCCCAAGCCAAACAAGGAUGAUUGUUCAUGGUACAUCGAUUCAGGAGCUUCAAGGCAUGUGUGCAAGGAGCG